AUGCCGCGAGAUAUCGACCCACCCACGAUACAGAGAGACUUUGUCCUCAAGGCAUUGUCAGAGGGGAAGCGACUCGACGGUAGGCUACCACUAGAAAUGAGAGAGAUAGAGCUGGAAUUCGGAGCAGAGCUUGGAUGUUGUCAGUGUCGUCUAGGCAAGACUGCAGUACUCGCACAAGUCACUGCGACAAUCGUCAAGCCUCGAGAUGAUAGACCAUACGAAGGCUCCCUCCUGAUCAACUCGGAAAUCAGCCCUAUGGCUUCUACGGCGUACGAGAACGGCAGAUCCUCGGAGGACGAAUUGAUAAUCACUCGCAUGCUGGAGAAAAGCAUACGGCGAACAGAAGCCGUCGACCGAGAAGCUUUAUGUAUCAUCGCAGGUGACAAAGUCUGGCAGCUUCGUCUGACAUUACAUUUCUUAUCCGACUCUGGGAACCUUCUAGACUGUGCUUCACUGGCCUCCAUGGCAGCUUUGAGACAUUUUCGAAAACCUGAGAUUGAAGUCAUAGGCGAUGAGGUGAUAAUUCACUCGCCAGAGGAAAGAGCUCCUGUCCCUUUAUCAAUGCAUCAUGUUCCGCUAUGUGUGACCUUUGCUUACUUUGAAAAUUUACCCCCUAUCCUCGACCCAACACAUCUGGAAGAAUGUCUAUGUACCGGUACCUUGUCUAUCACCCUUAAUGCUCAACGUGAAAUUUGCGUGUUGUCCAAAGCUGGAGGUUCUGCUUUGGCAGCCAAUGAGAUGAUGGGGGUUAUUCGAGUAGGAGUGGACCAGGUUCGUCAAAUGGUCGCCACCGUCGAUAAAGCUCUAGAAAAAGACCGAUCGAUCAGAGUCAUCGAAGUUCGAUAG